UAAUAAUAAAGACAAGUCUGCGCAUGCGCACGGUGGUCUUCGAUUGUUUCCGUCUUAUUGCUGGUAGUUCUAUGCUGCUGUAGCCGCGUUAAUUUUUGCAUUUCGCGAGGGGCACGGCGUAAAAAAAUGACCUCUCAAGACGCUGAAAACAAAGACAUGGAGGUCAACGUCUUGGACGAACUCCUGGAGAAUGCCGAUGACGACGAUUUGGCAGCGGAGUUAAACAACGAAGAAAAAAAAGUUGGUAAACGGAUGCCUUUGACACCUAGCACACCACCGUCCACAAAGGCCUCUCUAGCUGCUGCUGCUGCCAAAAAGAACUCUGCCACUGCUAAGCCUGUCAAGAGGGUAGCUUCAGCUGAUAAGACCUCGUCUCAGAAGAAAAUGUUGCCGCCUUCUAAGGCCCCUCCUUCCAAGCCCACUUCGACACCUAAGAAGAAACCUCCUGCCAACGUGCCCACCAGUUCGGCUUCAGUCGGGCCUUCCACUUCUGCGACUGUAUCGUCCACGAGUUCUACGUUGGCUCAAUCCAAGAGUAGCUCGCAGCCAAAGCUAGUUAAAAAGAUACCUCAAACAAAGAUUGCCGCCAAGUCUCCCGCAACUGCCGAGAAACCUGUGGUGAUGAAAGCCAAGCCAGUGGUGUCGGCAACGGGAGAGCCAAAGAUGUCUGCUGAAGACCUCCUCACAGCUGAGCAAGCUGCUCAGAAAGGAAUGGUGAUUAAGAAGACAGUGGCGAAAAAGAUACCAACCACACAUCAGACACAGAACAAGCCAAUCAAAAAGGUUGUGGCCCCACCUAAAGCAGCAGCCGUGAAAGUCUCUGAGACUACGUCUGCAACAAAGGUGAAGCCCGAGAAGGUGGCUGUUACAGCUCCCAAGCCAGCUGCGGCCUCCCCAAGUGUCGUCGUAGCCUCAAGCAAGAUGCAUGUGCCAGAUGAAGACCCAGAUCGACUUCAUGUGACGCCCACCGCGGAAGAAUUACAAGUUGCGGAAGAGCCUCUUCCCCCACCACCUAUGGUCAGUGGAGGCUCCUCGUCUAGUAUGCACACACGCACUUUGGACCCUGUUACGAGCUUUGUCAUGGGAGGUGGCUCAAGUCACAUGAGCUGUGUCUCCGAGGGCCGAGGUGGUGGAAAUACUACAGCCAAUCCGGACUACGACACCAGAAGUGAGGCAUCGUCUUCUGGCCAUGAGAGCUGUUCAUGCAGCCUCGGCUCUAGCACUUCGAGGUCACGGUCAGUGUCCAGGUCCAGGUCACGCUCCAGGUCACAGUCUUACAGUGGCUCAUCUUCAGCGGCUUCAGAACCAGGCAAUCGUUCACCAAGACACCAUGUCUCUCGCAAGAGGCGUCAUUCUCCAAUCAUCUAUGACAGAAAGAACAGAAGUGUGGAGAGAACGCCAAAGCGGCCACGAGUUUCUUCAUCUGUUGGGAGACGAGAUAUUUCUGAGCAUGCUGAUCAGCACCUCAUAAAGUACUUCUUCCGGAACGCCAGAUUCUUUUUAGUGAAAAGCAACAACCACGAGAAUGUUGUGCUCUCUAAGGCCAAGGGGGUGUGGUCAACACCGCCUCAAAACGAAGCUAAACUGAACCAGGCCUUCAGGGAGUGCAAAAACGUCAUUCUGAUCUACUCGGUUAAGGAAAGUGGCAAGUUCCAAGGCUUUGCACGUUUAGCGUCGGAGUCGAACCACGACUGCCCUACAAUCCAGUGGGUGCUGCCGCCCGGUCUGAGUGCCAGGGCUCUGGGCGGCGUCUUCCAAGUGGACUGGAUCUGCAGACGUGAGCUCCCUUUCACCAAGACUGCCCAUCUGUACAACCCUUGGAAUGAUGGAAAACAAGUCAAGAUAGGUCGUGAUGGUCAGGAAAUCGAACCUCGCGUUGCUGAAGAGCUCUGCCAGCUGUUUCCCGUGGACGAAAACAUCAACCUCCGCAGUAUCCUGCGCCGCCGGGGCCGCUCGUCGCGUAGAAGCCCCACUCACCGCCGCCGCACCCCAUCACGUCGUUCCGCGUCCCCCUGCGGCCGUGGCCACCGCCACCGCCAUGCUCGCACCAGCGGAAGGGAUGAAGCUCGUUUGCAUCUGGCGAGGGUGCAUAGCCGCCGGUCCAGAAAUAGCCAUGGUUCACAUUCUCCACGACCGAGGCACCGUAGGGAAAGUUCAGAUGAUGGUUACCGCCUGGCUCGUCGUGGGAGGUACGGUCCUGAUCAUGAAAGUGUUACAGCACAUACAAGCCUAGGAAGAAUCAAGGGACAGGACAGAGGGCUGAUGCAGAGAAAAGACAGGAUGCCCAUGGACAGGUAUCCCGUCAGGAGAGAUCAACCUUCUAUGAAUGGGAAGUCUUUCUGGGAGAUGCACUUGCAAGCUUACCAAGACUACCUCAGGGAGUACCACCAUCAUCAAAGACCACCCCUGCCGCCAAUGCCAUAUGGGCCACCGCCACCUUUUCCCAUGGAUGCCAUGCCGUACCACUAUGACCGAAACAUGCAUCACAUUGACUACAACCAUGGUGUAUCAUCACGACCUUCAAGGCAACCAGAGAAGCGAUCGUAUGAAAUGACGGUCGAUGACUUCAUCAGGAGAACAGCGCGACCCCCACCAAGCCGUGUCGAGCGCCGAUAUCGCGAGCGACGGUGAAUGGGCAUCACCCCAGUUGAUCUCACUGAAGAAGACCAUUGUACAUUCAUCGUAUCAUAGUUUCCAACUCAUCUUUAUUUUACAGCCUCAGUGGCCUGUCAAUGGUCCAGAGGUUAUUGUUGUUGCUGUAUGCAGCCUGGGAAUUCUUGCAGUGCUGCGUUCGGCGUGACCCCAUCCUCCGUAAUGCUUUGUACAUAAUGUCCGUGGUGCAUCUGCUGCUGCAUGUCAAAAUGAGCAACAUGCAGACUGCAUGGUGUGUCUGAGUGUAAUAUCUUUGUUAUGUGUUGAAAACAGCUAACAUUGAAAACAUUGACUUCCUGUUAUUUUUGUAUGUUCCUCAAAAAAACCCUGUCCAGAACUUGUGCACACUUAUGAACCCCAGAAGGAAUGUGUGUUAUGGAACAAUAAAAGGGCUGACGUGUAUAAUCUCUA